AUGAGCAACAAUUCCAUCAGCGACGUGGAUGAAAAGUCUGAUGCCAAUGCCAUGAGUGGCAAGAAGAUACUUCUGGAGGACUUCUCCAAUCCAACGAACAAAUGGACUGUUAUGAAUGAUCCAGUGAUGGGCGGAGAAUCUUACAGUAGCCUUGAAAUCACAGAGGAUGGAAUUGCCAAGUUCACAGGAAAAUGCGCCAUUGUUCCGAAGCUGAGCGCACCAGGCUUUAUUACCAUGGAAACAGGCAGCCAAUUCUACCAAAAACCGGCAAAAUUUGCAGAUAUUAGCACCUGUGAAGGCUUCGAAUUCGAGAUCAAAACUAAUACGGAAUAUAACGGAUAUCGAGUGAGCUUUGGCAAAGCCCAUGUGAAGGGGGGACGCUUUGCCUAUGGGUAUAAAGCGCCAUUGGCGUUGGAAGAUAUGCCUGCAGUAGGAGAGUUCGGAACUGUGAUGAUUCCAUUCAAGAAAUUUAGCGAUAAAUGGAACGAUGCCACCGGGGAUAUUACCGUGGAGUGUUCGGAUGAUCCAUCCUACUGCCCAUCAGAACAAUGGUUGAAGCGAAUGGAAACAAUGUCAUUCUGGGGUGAAGGCAUUGAGGGUAUGGUCGAUUUGGAAGUGAAGACAAUUUCGGCCUUUGGAUGCGACGCGAGCGCUACUGGAAUUGCCGAGGAACCACCCAUGCUUCAAUCGGAGAUCCAUACGAUUGGCUCGAAUCCAUUCUAUUUGGGUUUUACAAUGAUGAUUACACUUCUAUUGGUGUGCGUUCUUAGCUGCGUCUGCUGCUGCUACCACCGCCGAAGAGCGCAAACUCAAAGGUACAACAAAGCCGUAGACCAGCUUGGUGAUAUGACUCUGGAGGGGGCCGUGUAUCGGGACGACGAUUUUGAGGAUCAAUUCGAAGAUGAAAAUGAUCUUGAAUUGUCGUAG